GAUAUCUCAUGUUCUCACAGCAUAUAUAUCAAUAAUCUAUUUUAUACUAUACCUACAUUUUGAUAAUUUUCUUUGUAGUUGAUAGCCAUGGCUACCCGUGGAAAGCUUGAGGUUGACAUUGAUCUCAAGUCCAACGCAGACAAGUACUGGCAAACCCUUAGGAAUUCUACUGAAAUAUUCCCUAAGGCCUUCCCACAUGAUUACAAAAGCAUUGAGGUUCUUGAGGGUGAUGGCAAGUCUCCUGGUUCUAUCCGCCACAUAAGUUAUGGUGAAGGUUCACCACUUGUGAAAUCAUCCUUUGAGAAGAUUGAGGCUGUUGAUGAGGAAAAGAAGGUAGUGUCGUACACUAUCAUUGAUGGGGAACUCCUCCAGCACUACAAAACAUUCAAGGGAGACAUUUCAGUGACUCCAAUUGGCGAUGGAUGCGAGGUGAAGUGGAGUGCUGCGUACGAAAAGGUUAGCCAUGAUAUUUCUGAUCCAACCCUUGUCAAAGAUUUUGCAGUCAAGAAUUUCCUAGAGGUCGAUGCCUAUGUUCAAGCCAACGCAUAGAGAGGUUCUAUUCUAUGCAUGCCUCUUAAUUAAUAAUGGCUAAUGUUUUAAUCUGUGCAUGUAUUAUGGACUAUUAUUAAAUAAUAUGGUUGUACUUGUACCAUACCUUAUCUAAUAUAAUGUUGCAGUAUCAUGUGUCUUUCGUCCUUGCUUGUUGUUGGACUAAUUAAAGAGUCAUGUUGUUCUAUAUAUGUGGUAGUUCUGAUCGAGAACCCAUUUAUUUAGUUUGAGCAUUAGUAUGUGAA